GCCUAUCAUAUAAAGCGGACCGGCUUAUUUUAGGCCUACGCCAGCAGGGAGAGGCUAAAAGAGGGCGGUGCCGAGGGGGACUUAAAAAAAAAAAAAAAAAAAAAGACACGAUCCUUUUAUAAAAUGCACCCCAUCAUCACCAGCAUCAUUUUGCAUUAACGCCUCUUUUACAAUUUUAAAACCGCGUACAGGUUAUACAUCAAUUUCCGGGAGAGAAAUAUUAAUAAGUAAACGAUAUGGAAACCGAAAUACAUGUGCCUGUCGGGUCGCCGGCUAUUCAAAAGCUGUCAAUUUUCGUGGACGAGAAUAACGUUAUCCCCGGUGCUAUGAAGCUGAUCGAGGAGCUACGGCCGGGUUGGGACCUUCGCCGAGUCAGGACCAAGCUGUUCACUGAUGGCAUCACUAACAAGCUUGUUGGCUGUUACCUGGAAGAUGAACCUGGAGACACUGUGCUUGUUCGGGUUUAUGGAAAUAAGACAGAACUGUUUGUGGAUCGUGACAAUGAGCUGAAGAGUUUUCAGGUUCUCCACGCCAAUGGUUGUGCACCACAUCUAUACUGUACUUUUCAGAAUGGCCUCUGCUAUGAAUUUAUGGAGGGUGAAGCUCUGGGACCACAGCUUGUGCGAGACCCGGUUCUUUUCAGGCUGAUUGCCAGGGAAAUGGCUCGAAUUCAUGCUAUCCAUGCACAUAAUGGCUGUGUCCCUAAGCCCAACCUCUGGAUCAAGCUCCGCAAAUACUUUGCCCUAGUUGUAAGUGAGUUUACAGAAGAGGAAGCCAACAGCAGAAUCCGGCAGGAGGUGCCUAGCCUGGAGGCACUUGAACAAGAAAUGGUGUGGAUGAAGGAUCACCUCUCUAAACUUGGCUCUCCCAUAGUACUUUGCCACAAUGACUUGCUUUGCAAAAACAUCAUCUACAAUGAGAAAGAAGGUAGUGUCCGUUUUAUUGAUUAUGAAUAUGCUAGUUACAGUUACCAGGCAUUUGACAUUGGGAAUCACUUCAAUGAGUUUGCAGGAGUCAGCGAAGUUGACUAUACACUCUACCCAAGCAGAGAAUUUCAGCUACAGUGGCUUCAUACUUAUCUGACAGCAUACAAGCAGCUCACCAAGAAAGGCGAAGAUGUUUCCAAGUAUGAGAUUGAUACCCUCUAUGUGCAGGUCAACAAGUUUGCUCUGGCAUCUCAUUUCUUCUGGGGUUUCUGGGCGCUUAUCCAAGCCAAAUACUCAACCAUUGAAUUUGACUUUCUUGGGUAUGCAGUACUGAGAUUUAACCAGUACUUUAAAAUGAAGCCACAACUGAUGCAGCUGGACAUUCCAGAAUGAUGAUGCUUACUUAUUUAAGUAUAAAUAAAUAAUAUAAAUAUAUUUUUUAUUUAUAUAUAUAUAUAUAUAUUUUGCGCCUUGGACAAUUUCAUACCAAGAAGCAACAGCACUUUUCAUCUGAGACUUUAAUUACAAAUUGGGGCAUCUGAAAGAAAUAUUGUUCCCGGAAUUUUGAAAAACAUGAAAACUUGAUCUGGGUGAGGCAGCUUCUACAAGUUCCAGUCUGUCUUUGUUAAAGAAAAUGUGUUCAGUUCAGUGAAACGUCUGGUUACUGACAUCUCUGCUUUGUUUUGCAAUGGCAGUAAGCUAGCAUUUUAUGUGUUUUCCUCCAUUCCGCAGCCAAGGAACAUUCCCUUAUGCCAUACUGAUAUACAUCAAAUGUCGUACAGUAUAUCCCCAAAAGAAAGGCUUCCUUGAUCUCAGUUGCUUUUUCCUUUUUUUCUUUGUUUUUAAUUGGAUGUGUUAUUGCAGGAGCAGUCAAAGCUUUCUCUCUUCCACAUUUUGUUAUGGUGAUGGUGGCCUUUGCUGUUUCACAAAUCUCUCUUCUUAAAAGAAAACAAUAGAUGGGAUCAAUAGGAGUGUCAGCUGGUGGUUAGGAUUUGGAGGAGGUUUUGAGUUCCCAGCAACUGACUUGAGCUGUGAUCUGUUACCUCUGUUCUUUUUAUACCUGUAUUAUUAAGGAGUAUUGAUCAUACAAGAUGAAAACACCUUGUUAUAUUUCUAUUUUGUCAGGCUUUAAUACUUCAAGAAGAAGUGUCAACUAGCAUUGUGUAGAGUGCAGUUUUAUCUACAGCCACAUUACAAAUUGCUCUCCAGUUUGAAAAGAGGUUGUUAGUUUUACUACCCGAGCAGAAUUUAAUUUGAACCAUUAGAAAUAUGUACUGGACCAGUACUGUGAAUGGUUAAAAUGCAUCUUGAUCAAUUAUUCAUCCAUCAUCCUAACCCAUAGCAGGGUUGUGAGACACCGGGAGCUACAUCCCACUUAUUUGUACAUUCAUUCAUUGUCUAACCUGAUAUUUCAUCAGUAAUUUUAGCAUACAGUGUUAUGUUUAACAGGUAUGGUCAAAAUGUACUUUUUUCUCUCCAAAAACUACUUUCAUAUUAAUUGUAAAUUUUCGGGUGUAUGGUUCUACUAAGCAUCACUUUGCACAUGAAGGUUUUAAAUAGGGAAUUGUUUGUGUCAUUUUCCCCCCUCAAGAUUCAGUCCGCACUCAUAACGGUGAGGUUGAGCAUUUCAACAAGUCAAGCAGGCAACAACAUUUCUUAAUGAAAACAUUUUCUUAAAAUUACUGUCAUUACUUUUUUUUAAUCACACUGCAGGUCAGAUCUGCCUUCUUAAAAUAACCUUGCAAAGAAGUCCCAAUUCUAACAAAAAGAAGGAAUUGCUUUGUGAAUGUUCUAGACCUAAGAAAAAUGUACAUACAAAAAAAACUGUGAUUUUAUUUAUUAUUGGUGCAUUUAGUUGUUUUUAAUUGUAUUCAAUUUUGGGGUAAUGAUUGAAGUUAAAGCAAAUUUUAUUAGAAAACAAACCUGCUGUGCUUUCAAAAACAACCUGGUCUGUGCUGCAGCAGAGAGCUGGAGCCGCCAUGGUGAGUGGGCAUUCUGUGAAAUGUGCAGUUUCCUAUUUCCUGUAUGGUGUCAGUCUGUAAAGCUGUUGACGUGUCUGUCGGCAGAUGUGGCCUAACGGUUAACCUACAGUGACUUUCUUUAUAUUCCUCUGUUGAAUCCUCUAUUUACACUGCUGACUGACAGCAGUCAGGAUUACAAUCUUUCAAGCAUCACUGUGUAUGCAAAGUGAAAGUGAAAGCAGGAGUUGUCAAAGAAUUGUUCCUAAUUAUUUGCUUACUUGAGAGAAUGUGUAAAUAAAUGUGUUACCAGAACACUG